AUGUCAAACUACUACGCCGCACAACAACCUCAAUACCCGCAAGGCGGCGCCCCCGCCGCCGCCCAAAACCUCGAAUUCUUCCCGUCACAGUACACCAGCACACCACAGCAGCAGCAGCAAGGCGGCUAUGGCUUCGCCAGCACGGGCGGAUACGGCGUGGGUGCUCCCGCGCAAAACUUUGGCGCGCAGCCUGCUUUUGGUCAGGCGCAGGGCGUUUCGGGGAGAAUGGGUGAGCAGGGUGGUUUGAGGACGGGUUGGGUUGCUGCUUUUUCGUCGGAGGGGUAUGAUGGUGAACCGCCUUUGCUGGAGGAGCUGGGCGUUAACUUUGGACAUAUUCAAGCAAAGACACUCGCCGUGUUGAACCCCUUUCGACGAAUCGACUCGCAUAUCAUGGACGACUCCGACCUCGCAGGACCACUCAUCUUCUUCCUCCUCUUCGGCUUCAUCCUUCUCUUCUCAGGCCAAGUUCACUUCGGCUACAUCUACGGCCUCGCAGCCCUAGGCUCCAUCUCUCUCCACGUCAUCCUCUCGCUCAUGUCGCCCUCGGGCGCCGACGCGCAAGCAGUCAACAGCUACCCUCAAUACAGCAGCGAUCCCUCCGCACCUCCCCAACCGCACGACCAGCAAGGCGGCCACUUCUCCGCGACGCUGACAUACCCCCGAAGCGCGAGCGUGCUGGGAUACUGCCUUCUUCCUCUUGUGGCGACAAGCUUGUUCGGUAUCGUCAUGCGCAUGGAUACGCCUAUUGGCAUUGUUGCUACUACGGCGGCUAUUGUUUGGUGUACUUAUAGUGCGAGUGGAAUGUUCUGCGCUGUGGGACAGAUGAAGCGCAUGCGAGUGCUUGUCGCUUAUCCUCUUGCGCUGUUCUACGUUGGAUUCGGCAUCAUGGGUAUUUUCAGCAGUCGAGGAAGCGGAAGCUUUGCCAACGCCGCUGCCAAGCUCAAUGCUUAA